UGUUUAAUUUAAUUUUUGUAGUAAAAGAAAAGAAAUGCUUCAUCAUCCUCACGAAGCAAAAAUCGAAGGCUGAAGAAGAUGUUGAGGGUUGCAGCUAAGAGGCUUUCUUCUUCUCUCUCCUCCUCCUCUCCAUGGAGGACCAACCACGCCGCCUCCGCGUUCCUCUCCCGGAACCCCCUCGCUCCACCGUCCUCCACCUCCGAUGAACGCGGAUCCGACCCGUUCUCUCUCCGACCCGAAUUCUUUCUUCCCUUCAGAGGAUUUGCUACUGAAUCGCUGGUGCACACAAAAGAAAACAGCCUUAUUCCUGAAAUUCCAGCAACUGUUGCAGCUGUUAAGAACCCUUCUUCUAAGAUUGUAUAUGAUGACCACAAUCAUGAACGAUUUCCUCCAGGUGACCCUAGCAAAAGGGCAUUUGCCUACUUUGUCCUAACAGGGGGUAGGUUUGUUUAUGCCUCGCUAAUCCGUCUCCUUGUCCUCAAGUUUGUGCUUAGCAUGUCAGCAAGUAAGGAUGUUCUUGCUCUGGCUUCGCUUGAAGUCGAUCUCUCUAGCAUUGAGCCAGGCACCACCGUGACUGUUAAGUGGCGUGGAAAGCCGGUCUUCAUCAGGCGCAGGACAGAAGAUGAUAUUAAGUUGGCAAACAGUGUUGAUGUUGGUUCUCUUCGUGAUCCCCAGCAGGAUUCAGAGAGAGUCAAGAACCCAGAAUGGCUCAUUGUGAUUGGGGUUUGCACACAUCUUGGUUGCAUUCCUUUGCCAAAUGCUGGUGACUUUGGUGGAUGGUUUUGCCCAUGCCAUGGUUCACACUAUGAUAUUUCCGGAAGAAUUAGGAAGGGACCAGCACCAUACAAUCUGGAGGUACCAACUUAUACCUUCUUGGAGGAAAACAAGUUGAUGAUUGGUUGAAAACCUCGCUGCUCUCCUUUGGUGGAAUGAGUAAUUUUUUUGAUUUAUUGAUAAUGUCGAAAUGCGCCACCAGACAUAUUUGGCCUUGGGUACUUAUUUUGUUACGUUAGCAAGUGUUUAUGUAACUGAAAUUUUAAGUUUUACUGCUUGGCAAGACUUGUAUCAAUAAUCCCCUGGCUUUUUUUCUUAUCAUCUCAAUGUUUAGAAGCUGAUGACUUCAGGCA